CUCAGCAGUGUUGGUUUGUCUUCUUGACUUGAUGCAGGCACAGAUUUAUCAAGCUCCUCGGUCAACAAACGCAUCACCCGAAGAAACAUGGAAAGAAAGGAAUUUUAAAAGGAAAUACCAAUCUCUGUGAAAACAAAGCCUUGUAUAUUCAUGGUUGCACCAAUCUACUGUGAGAUUUAUGAAGAAAAACAAAUUGCGGACAACUCUCCAUGUACACUUACAAAUGCCUCAGUUGAUCCUUGUGGGCUGCUUGUCAGUGUUCUGUGAUAAUGAACACAUGGACUUCUGUUUAUUAAAUUCAGUUGACCCCUUUAGCCAACUGCCAGGAGCCUGGAUUUUGACUUCCAACUGCUGAUAUGGAUUUUGACUUCCAACUGUGUAAAAAUUGAUCUACGUCCACCCUUUAAAAGCAUUGAUGAAUUAAUUAGAACUUUAGACAACAAAGAAAAAUUGAAAAAGAAUUCUCAGUAAAAAAGAAUUCUAUGUUCAAAACGAACUACAACGAGACAAGAUUUUUCUGUUUACUUUCUAAGAAAUAAUAUAAUUGCUACCUUAAAAAAAAAAAUGAACAGCACAUGUAUUGAAGAACAGCAUGACCUGGAUCACUAUUUAUUUCCCAUUGUUUACAUCUUUGUGAUUAUAGUCAGCAUUCCGGCCAAUAUUGGAUCUCUAUGUGUGUCUUUCCUGCAAGCAAAGAAGGAAAGUGAACUAGGAAUUUACCUCUUCAGUUUGUCACUAUCAGAUUUGCUCUAUGCAUUAACUCUCCCUUUAUGGAUUGAUUAUACUUGGAAUAAAGACAACUGGACUUUCUCUCCUGCCUUGUGCAAAGGGAGUGCUUUUCUCACGUACAUGAAUUUUUACAGCAGCACAGCAUUCCUCACCUGCAUUGCCAUUGAUCGGUAUUUGGCUGUUGUCUACCCUUUGAAAUUUUUUUUCCUAAGGACAAGAAAAUUUGCACUCAUGGUCAGCCUGUCCAUCUGGACACUGGAAACUAUCUUCAAUGCUGUCAUGUUGUGGGAAGAUGAAACAGUUGUUGAAUAUUGCAAUGUCAAAAAAUCUAAUUUUACUUUAUGCUAUGACAGAUACCCUUUAGAGAAAUGGCAAAUCAACCUCAACUUGUUCAGGACAUGUACAGGCUAUGCAAUACCUUUGGUCACCAUCCUGAUCUGCAACCGGCAAGUCUACCAAGCUGUGCGGCACAAUAAAGCCACAGAAAACAAGGAAAAGAAGAGAAUCAUAAAACUACUUGUCAGCAUCACAGUUACUUUUGUCUUAUGCUUUACUCCCUUUCAUGUGAUGUUGCUGAUUCGCUGCAUUUUAGAGCAUGAUGUGAACUUCAAAGACCACAGCAAGUCCGGGAAGCGAACUUACACAAUGUAUAGAAUCACGGUUGCAUUAACAAGUUUAAAUUGUGUUGCUGAUCCAAUUCUGUACUGUUUUGUAACCGAAACAGGAAGAUAUGAUAUGUGGAAUAUAUUAAAAUUCUGCACUGGGAGGUGUAAUACAUCACAAAGACAAAGAAAACGCAUGCUUUCUGUGUCUACAAAAGAUACUAUGGAAUUAGAGGUCCUUGAGUAGAACCAAGGAUGUUUUGAAGGGAAGGGAGGUUUAAGUUACAUGUUAUUAUAUCAUCAAGAUUAUGUUUUGAAAAAGAAAUCUAGCAUAUGAGGGCACUAAGGGUUCUCAGAAUGAUAUUUUAAUUCUGUUCAAUAAAAAUAUCUUAAGAGUGCCUUGUACAGCCCCCCCCCCGAGUUUUAUUAAAUGACAUAUAUUGAACAAAGUUCAAUAUUUUCUUAAUGACUCAGAGUCAUUUGCUACUGCCAAUUGUUUUUGUAUUUGUGCUAUUAUCCCUUAGAGUCAGUAAAGUAUGUAGGACUGUUUCUUC